AGGAUGUAAUACAGAUUUCCAAGUCAAGUCUUCAUUUACCGCGCAUAUGUCACGGAAGCACAGAGGUUUUACAGACAGCAGUGUAAGUGAUGUGUAUAGAGAAUCUGCUUCUCAUCCGUCAACAUCUACUCCACCUGAGUCAGGUGACAUUGUCCCUCACUGUUAUGCAGGUCCAGCGACAGGCACAGAUGAAGUCGAUUUGGACAUAUCUGAAAAUUUCAGUGAUCUUUAUCUUAGAAACGUGAGUUUGUUCUACUUGAGAUUGCAGUGGCAGUUCCUUCUGCCUGCUUCAACUAUACAGAACAUUGUUGAGGAAAUGCAAAACAUAAAUGAGUUGGGUCAAACAUAUACUUUGAGUAAACUUAGUUCACUGCUAAAAAAUGACACCUCAUUAUCAGAUGAGGACAUAACCAAGGUUUGUGAGGCUGUCAAGGGAUUUGAUCUGUUCACUGCAUGUCAUACAGGGCCAAUGCGAACAGAUUAUUCAAGAGCCAAGUCUUUCAAAGAAAAAUUCAACUAUGUGGAGCCCAAGAAAAUAUUUUUAGGAAGAGAUGAGAACAGGAUAGAUAGGUUUGCCUAUUAUGUGCCUGUGAGAGAGACUUUGAAAUGUUUGUUAGAAUCUGAUCAGUUGCAGAACUGUGUGUCAGGAGAGCACUCACCCGAAUCUCCUUCAGAUGUUCUAAGUGACAUUAGGGAUGGUCAGAUAUUCAAAAACAAUGAUUUUUCUCCUCAAAAUCCAUCAUGUGUCAAGUUAGUUCUAUACCAGGAUGCCUUCGAAGUAGUUAACCCUUUAGGCUCUGCCAAGACAAGACAUAAAGUUUUAGCUGUCUAUGCAUCUGUUGCCAACUUACCACUUCAUGUACGGUCUGAUACAGACCACAUGUCACUUGUGUUAUUGUGUAGAGAGAAAGAUUUCAAAGCGUUUGGGCAUGCUAAGGUGUUCUCUGAACUAAUAACAGACUUGAAGGAAUUGGAGGAUAAUGGGAUUGUUGUAUCAAAUGAAACAGUCAAGGGAACCUUGUAUUGCAUUGCUGGAGAUAAUUUGGGCUCCCAUUGCAUCGGUGGAUUCACUGAAAAUUUCAGCACCUCAAAAUAUUUCUGUAGGUACUGCUUAAUAAACAGAUCUGACUUUCAGGGUGAUCCAAAUCUGUGUGGACCAGAGAGGACUAUUGAGAACAACAAUUUUGCUGUUGAUCGCCUCCAGACCGAAGAAAUGGAUAAUCCAGAGCAAAUCAACAUUCGCAGUGCCAUCACAAAUGUGAUACCAGACCUCCCAGCCUCAGUAUUGGAUAAUUUAGUGGAGACACUCCAAUCAUUGGGGGUAGAGACCAGCGAGUAUUUUCACUUCAUCCAGGAAGCUGAUCUGCUUUCAACACUGAGACCAAUUCAAGCAAGAAGAUUGGUAGCUGCCUGGAAACAAACCACACAAACCAAUGAAGGCCAUAGCCAGUCAGCAUUGUCUCCUCCAUCUUCCUCAACAUGCUCUUCAGUCAGUCUCUCCCCGUCGAUUACUGCUGCAGACUGGGUUGACGACUUCCAGAUCCCAUGGACAAAGUUUCCUGAAGGCUUGAUGCAGUGUUUAGAGAGGGGGAAAAGGCCAAGUCCACGGCUACAUAGAGAAAUGGUCCGGAUUGUUGUUACUUUCAUGAUGGAAGCCUGUGCCUCUCCCAAUACAAAAGCCUCCACAGAAGUUGCCAAAAAAAUGGUUGCAAAGUAUCCACAGUCACUGCAAGAUGUCAUAGCAGGUGAUGUGAUUGGACAAGGAUAUCACUCACUAGUCAAGCAAUUACAAGCCUGGAUUGAAAAUGUGAAGCGGUCUUCAACACCAAGGAUUAAGAAGCGCAAACAGGGGUCAGAAGAGUACGAAACAGAUGAAAUCCCAGAUGAACAAAGGGCAGCUAAGCAGGACACCUAUGGUUGCGUAAAGUGGGACAUGAAAUAUAUGCCAGUGAGUGAGACACCAGAAAGCCAACAAGAGAAGAAAGACCAAAUUAAAGCGCUCAGUGAACAGACUAACUUCACCCCAGGCGAGGUAGAAACUCUAAUGAAGUGUACCUACUACUCCCAACGUAAAGAGAUAAACCAGGGAACAGAUCUGCAAUCCCUCAUGGAGGAGUGGCCUUUUUUGUUCCAGGAGAUUGGAAUGACAGUCCACUUCCAAGAGCUCACUGGCAUAUCACUGAAAGAGACUUUCCUCACCAAUGUUGAAAAAAAGGGAAAACGGCUUCUGGACUUAAUGAGAACCUUUUGUGCAGACAAGAGCAAAAGAGUUCUUCAGGCUGUCACAAAGCUGGAAAUUCUGAGAGGACCGUUAGAGGGCUGCUCAGAAGAUGUCAAGGAUAUGAUACUCCUUCUUCUCUCGUACUUUAAUGAAAAAGAGGAGAACCUCUUCCACUAUGUGGAACAAACAUGUCUGGCAAACGAAGUACAAGUGGAAAGCUUGCCUGUGACACCAUGCAUCAUUGUAUGUGGAACGUCUUGCUAUGCCUCAAGACAGUUUAUGCUAAGUGUAGAUGGCAAGGUCGUGAAUGACCACAUCCCCAACUUCAUCUCUGCCAUCUGUUUGAUGUUUGGAACCUACUACUGCCUCAAUAUCCAUUAUCCCGUGGAACUGGGCUCCACACUUGAGUUCAUUCAGAGGUGUUUCUUCAUGAUCAAUCCGGAGAGGGGCACAAAAGUUGAAACAAAGAAGAACAAGAAACAGCUGUCGGUGAACCCAAGAGUCCUCACCCUCAUCGCAGAUCUCGCUGACCAGGAUUGGAGAGGGACAUGUUAAAGAUGGACCUAUCCAACUGAACUGUUGUCUGACCGCACAGCGCCAGCUGUAUAAACUGGUAUGAAACAGUAUACACAAGGGCUGCAAAUGAUCAUAAUUUUCAGUAUUCUUUCUUUUCGGUCAACUUAAGGGUCCUUACCCUCAUCGCAGAUCUCGCUGACCAGGAUUGGAGAGGGACAUGUUAAAGACGGACCUAUCCAACUGAACUGUUGUCUGACCGCACAGCGCCAGCUGUAUAAACUGGUAUGAAACGGUAUACACAAUAAUAAUAAUUUUCUGUAUUCUUUCUUUUCGGUCGACUUAAGGGUUAAAAUAAGCGAUUUUGUUAAAUUUAUGUAAACUGGCUCAUUGUGCAUUUUCUGUUGAAUUACUAAUACCUUUUGAUUACAUGAGCAAUAAGCAGCAAUUGUGUGUAUUUUUUGUUAAAGGCUGUACUUUCAGUAAGUCAAACAAUAAGAAGUUAUUACUUGAACACUAAGAUCAAGGCAACAGCUAUUUUGUUGCCAUUUUUGUUGGAAGCUGCUCUGAACAUCCGUGACUUGAUUAAAGUUUGAGUUGUGCUUUC